GGCGGCAGGCGGGGGAGCGCUCCUCACCGCUCCGCCUCCGACCGCCGCCCGCUGCGGGGAUGUGUGAUUGCCAUGGCGAGGCGGCUCUUCCCGGGGGCCUGGCUGAGGAAGCCCUACUCCGCGCAGGUCCGUCUGUCAUACAUGCGGAUCAAGUACCUCUUCAUCUCCUGGCUGGUGGUGUUUGUUGGCAGCUGGAUUAUGUAUGUUCAGUACUCCACCUACACAGAACUCUGCAGAGGCCAUGACUGUAGGAAAAUCAUAUGUGAUAAAUACAAGACUGGUGUUAUUGAUGGAUCAGCAUGUAGCAGUCUUUGUGCUAAAGAAACAUUGUAUUUUGGAAAAUGUUUGUCAACAAAGCCCAAUAACCAGAUCUAUUUAGGAAUCUGGGGAAAUCUGCAAAGUGUUAUAAAAUGCCAGAUGGAAGAAGCAGCUCAACUUGAUUUUGGUACUGACCCAGAACCAAAGAAGGAAAUAGUCCUAUUCGAUAAACCAACAAGAGGAACCACUGUUGAGAAAUUCAAAGAAAUGGUAUAUAGUCUUUUUAAAGCAAAACUGGGUGAACAAGGGAAUCUUUCAGAACUGGUUAAUCUCAUCCUGUCAUUUGCUGAUGGAAACAAAGAUGGAAGAGUCUCUUUGCCAGAGGCAAAAUCUGCAUGGGCACUCCUGCAGCUAGAGGAAUUUCUGUUAAUGGUGAUCUUGCAGGAUAAAGAACAUACUCCCAAGCUGAUGGGUUUUUGUGGUGAUCUCUAUGUGACUGAAAGAGUUGAAUAUACCUCUCUCUAUGGAAUCAGCCUUCCAUGGAUUAUAGAACUUCUCAUUCCCUCUAGCUUCAGAAGAAGCAUGGACCAGUGGUUCACUCCAUCAUGGCCAAGAAAGGCAAAAAUAGCGAUAGGGCUUUUAGAAUUUGUGGAAGAUAUUUUCCACGGACCUUACGGAAACUUUCUUAUGUGUGAUACAAGUGCCAAAAACUUGGGAUAUAAUGAUAAAUAUGAUUUGAAAAUGAUGGACAUGAGAAAAAUAGUGCCAGAAAUUAAUUUGAAGGAAAUAAUUAAAGAUCGUCAGUGCGACUCAGAUUUGGACUGCAUUUAUGGUACAGACUGUAGAACAUUAUGUGACCAAAGCAAAAUGAGAUGUACCACUGAAGUAAUUCAGCCAAACUUAGCAAAAGCUUGUCAGCUCCUUAAAGACUAUCUGCUUCGUGGUGCUCCUUCUGAUAUCCAUGAAGAACUUGAGAAACAACUGUACUUGUGCAUUGCCCUUAAAGUCACAGCAAAUCAGAUGGAAAUGGAGCACUCUUUAAUACUCAAUAACUUAAAAACUUUACUGUGGAAGAAAAUUUCUCAUACAAAUGAUUCGUAGCUUCUCCACCAGCAGAAGAGAAUAUUGAUGCCUGCCACUAGAGGUGGCCUAAGAUAUUUGAUAAAAACAAUCUGCACCUUUUUAAAAAGAUAUUUCUUUACUCAGAUUUUAUUAAUGGUUCUUUCAGUCCUGCCCUUCCAUCAGUAACUGAGGACAGGGCCUGUCAAAGAGUAAACAUGCCACUGAAUGACCCGGCAGAGGCCAGAAGGCCUUCUGGUGUUCAGUGCUGUGUUACAGAAACAAAAACUCUGCAUGCUUGACUGUUCUGUGCACUUUGUCAAAUCUUGAACAGGAUGAAAGUGUUUACUGUGCCACCACAUCAGCUGAGGGAACAUCUUCCAUUUCUGAGAAAAACAUUGCUCACUUGUGAAAUACCUGCAGAGGAUUUUUUUCUUAAGUAGUUUUAUGAAGAAUCACCACUACUGCAAGUAAUGUGUCCAAGUCCAAGCUGCUGUUAUGAAUAAACUGAACUGUGAGACUGAAGUUUACUAAUACUUUGGCAUGGCAGAAUUUGCACACUAAAUAAUUUUUAACUGUGGAAAAUUAGAAUUUUAUUCUAGAAUGGAUGGGUUGUAAUAUGAGACAAAUCAGAUUCUGUUUACACAUUGUUACCUCACGCUUUCAUCUUGAAUGUUUAAGUAGUUCAACAUUUUUAAUUAAGUCAUUGUAUGGUGAGCCCUGUGGGAGCCAACAAUUUUAGAUUGUAAUUUCUUAAAGUCGUCUAUAUGGUUUAGCAGCAAUACCAGCACCUGUCUCAAAACUUCAGUGGAAAACUUUAACCCAAAUUAAGCUGUAGCAAACAGUGAAAAGCAAGGACUUUGUGGACUAAGCUAUAGUAUGAAAACUGAACUUUUAAAAAUACUGAAUAGCAGAUGUGUCCAACCAGUUAAAAAAGAACAUUUGCAUAGUGCAGGAAUCUGCUGUAUGACAUGAGAAACAAUUAAUAGUUGUGGAUAGUCUUCUCUUAACUGUCCCUCCACAUUUAGCUACAGAACUGUACUUCAAUCUUCUUACCGACUGCAGGAACUAUGUAAGCAAGAGCUAGACCCGAAUUUUAGGACAGAAGCUGGAUUGUUCAGGAUUGUGCAAUACGGCUCAAAUGGAAGCCUAUGAGGCAUUUUCCAGCUCAUUCCUAGCUGUUACUAAGUGAGCUGCAAUGUGAUACUAUUCUUUUUUUCUAGUAGCAUCUAUGAGUCACUGUUAAGACUCAAAUAAUGAGUAAAUAAACAUCACCUGAUCCUAGCACUCCACAGAGCAUGACCACUCUACCACCUUUAAUCUUCGCCCUUGUAUUUUUCAGAUUUACAUCUGUGUGUCAUAAUUAUACAGAAGUGGAUGUCCAUAAUACACCUGAAUCAUGCUCAAUACUUACCUGUUGAAUGUUUAAUUUCUAAAUGCUUUAGGUACAAAAUUGUUCAAUCUUUAUGAUGUUAAUGGCAAUCAUCUAUAUACUUCUGAAUCCUGGCCCCUUAAUUCAUUUUCAGCAGAGGUAAGAACAUGCCUUAAGUAUUUGAAAGGUUAACUGCUCUAGGUAUCCUGUCUUAAAUGCAUUCCUAGAAUGAUGACAAUGAAGUACAGGACCACAAUAAGGUAAUUUCUCCAUACCAGAUGUAAUAAUAUGCAGCUU